AUGGCCUGGCCCGAGCCGGGUUCGACACUACCUCUGGAUGGAGACUCAUGGCGUGCUCCUGACCAACGAGGAACGACGACGACGCCACCUUGCUAUAGCACGACCUGCCAGCGCUGCAAGCAGGACUCGGAGUCCCCGGAGCACGUGUUCCGUACCUGCAGUUUCGCGAGGCAAGUUUGGGGCUCAACCCUUCCGGAGGCAGCAGCGAGCGCAGAUUCAAGGGAGUUCAAUGACUGGUUCAUGCACUUUCUCUCAAACACAGAGUCUCAGGUUCGGUUUGGCUUUACUAUAUGGUUCCUAUGGCGUUCGCGGAAUGAUUACAUCUUCGCAGGCAUCGAGGAGGCACCCAAUAAGUUAUCCCAAAGAAUCCUAGCCUGGGAGGUCGUCGCGCAAGUAAGUAGAGCAGCAGAACAAGCUAUAUCGUUGGGGAGGUUGGGGGUUGUGUCGAGACGUGGCUGUUGGGUGGAGACCAGCCCCGACAGGAUGGCACACAGUGAACUCCGAUGGCUCGCUCCUGCGGGAAUCGGGGUCUACUGCUGCAGGAGGUGCGCUUAG